UCGUCGCGGCGACACCGCGCCGCGCUCAUUUCACAGCCUCUGCACAAUGAUGGCGAGCUGAGAAAUCUGCUCAGCGUUGGAGAAUAUCAUCACCCACUCACCUCACCACCCGCACACAUACCCUCACACAUCCCGAGAGGAGGGGAGAUAGCGAGUAUAUGUGUGCGAGAGAGAGACAGAGACGAGGAGAGGGAAACAGCGGAAGAGCCCUGCUAGAUAGUGUGGAUAUCAAACGGAAUCUUAUUAAGCUUUAGGAUUUUUCAGACUGCGUUUAUUGUUCGUAUAUUCUCACCUGAAGGACUCUUAAAGCAGAGCGGCGCAGGAAAGCAACGAGGAAUCCCUGGCUUGCUUUAUAUCGGAAACGCGGGGUUUGUCUGUUGGCAAGCGGCAGUGGAGAUGCUCCUGUAAUUGGAUUCAUCUGGAAAGCGCUCAAACCGCAAGGAGAGCUACUUAAGUGACAGCGGCUCUCUAACGCAGCAUACAGAAGAGUUUCUGGGGAACGUGUCGCACGCAGAUCUUCGCGAUGGGUGAUAAAGGCACAAGGGUGUUCAAGAAGGCAAGUCCCAAUGGAAAGUUAACUGUGUACCUUGGUAAGAGGGAUUUCGUCGACCAUGUGGACCUUGUGGAGCCUGUCGAUGGUGUGGUUUUAAUUGAUCCAGAGUACUUAAAAGAGAGAAAAGUUUUUGUGACACUGACGUGUGCUUUCCGCUACGGACGGGAGGACUUGGACGUUCUUGGCUUGACGUUUCGCAAAGACCUCUUUGUGGCCAACAUCCAGGCAUUUCCACCUGUGCCUGAAGACAAAAAGAGCUUGACACGUCUACAAGAGCGACUGAUAAAGAAACUUGGAGAACAUGCUUACCCCUUCACCUUUGAGAUUCCUCCGAACUUACCCUGUUCUGUCACAUUACAACCAGGGCCAGAGGAUACAGGAAAGGCCUGCGGGGUUGACUUUGAAGUGAAAGCUUUCUGUGCAGAAAAUGUUGAAGAAAAAAUCCACAAAAGGAAUUCAGUGCGUCUUGUAAUCAGAAAAGUGCAGUAUGCUCCAGAGAAGCCGGGCCCACAGCCAAUGGCUGAAACCACAAGGCAGUUUCUCAUGUCAGACAAACCUUUACACCUGGAGGCCUCACUUGACAAAGAGAUUUACUACCAUGGUGAACCAAUCAGUGUUAACGUCCAUGUCACAAACAACACAAACAAGACAGUAAAAAAAAUAAAGAUUUCAGUGCGUCAAUAUGCUGAUAUCUGCCUCUUCAACACUGCCCAGUACAAGUGUCCAGUGGCGACAGAGGAAUCAGAUGAUAUUGUGGCCCCCAGUGCUACAUUUUGUAAAGUAUACACUCUCACGCCAUUCCUCGCAAAUAACCGAGAGAAACGUGGCUUGGCUCUGGAUGGCAAACUCAAACAUGAAGACACAAAUUUAGCCUCAAGUACAUUGUUAAGAGAGGGGGCCAAUAAGGAAAUACUGGGAAUUAUUGUUUCUUAUAAGGUGAAAGUGAAGCUGGUGGUGUCUCGCGGAGGGCUGCUUGGAGAUCUUGCCUCAAGUGAUGUUGCAGUUGAGCUCCCCUUUACAUUAAUGCAUCCCAAACCUUUGGAGGAAUCAAUUUACAGAGACGCACCAGAAAAUGAUGCCCCCAUUGACACAAACCUCAUUGAAUUUGACACAAAUGACGAUGACAUCAUCUUCGAGGACUUUGCUCGGCAACGACUGAUCGGGGCGAAAGAUGACAAAGAUGAAGAUGAGGAGGGUGCCGAUUCACCCAAACUGAAUGACAGAUAGAUAUACAGAUGAGAGUUUCCUGUGUUGUGACGAUACAAGAGACCCUUUUGAGAUAACCUGGAAAAGUGGGACACCCUUUAACACACUCACAGUGGUGCAGUUGUUGUGUUCUUGUUCACAUUCGUCUCUUCCAUCCUGCGAGGGUGUAAAAUAAAAACUUACGUGUAGAAAAUGUGACCUUGUCGUCGAAGCGAUUAGAAGGUGAGGUUUUAGUUGGUAGGCCGGCCACUGAGUGCCUCGGGUAUUUGAGGGUCUUUUAGGGUUGAGGCAAUGGCUUCUCAUUAUAGCUAAAUCAAAUGUCAGUGGUAGCAUGCCUUUGUUGUUGCUUUGUUUUAUAGAUUCUUCCUUUGGCAAGAACAGAGGAAGAGUUUAAGGGCCGUGACUUAGUAUUGACCCAUAUUUAAUGUAUGGAAUUUGUUGUUUUAAUUACUGUAAAAGGAACUGGAUUUAGUAUUUUUAUUAUAAAAGUUGCCAAACUGAAUAAUCUUUAUAACGUCUCAUAUCUCAACUGAGCUUUUUGUGAAAGUAUUUUAUUUUAUUCUAAUUUUUUUUUUUUUUUUUCAUUUUUUGGAAGAAAAGAUAUCUAAAAGUUAUCUUACCUAACAAAAAUUAUGGAUACACUACUGAUAAAAAGACUACAUGACACAAAUAUUUUUUUUUCCUCCUAACAAUCUUCAAUUAUUUCUAAAAGCGGGUUUCUAUGAAAUCAUUUAAUUAUAAACGAUGCCUAUAUAUCUUUAAGGGGACUAUAUAUUGCUAUAGGAUAUUUUUACAUAAUUGAAGCUUCUCAUACAGAGCACCUAUGAAUAGUCAUGAGCUACAAACAUUCCAGUUACAAUCUCUAUUCUGAAUAAAGUAUAUAUAAAGUAUAUGUAUACUUAAAUCUGUCUCUUUUGUGGAACAGAAAAUAACUUUUGAGGAAUGUAUUGGUAUAUUUCCCCAUGCUAUCAUAAUUAAUUUAGAUAUUUCAAGCUUCAGUAAGAAUUUAAAAGCCCCAAAGUAUAAUGAAAAACUAUCCCUUCAGUUUGUGCCUUGUGCAUAUUGUAUGAAUUGUACUGAAUGAAUAGGUUUGUGUGAGAAAGAACUCAACAUUUAAGUUGUUAUUCAUGAAUAAUCUUUCCAGCACUCCGGAACUGGAUCAGAUUUUGAAUGUAUUAUUUAAUGUUCAUCAAUUCAUUAUUCAUUUGGUGUACUGGAUCAACCGAUUCAUUGAAAAGAUCAGACUCAAAAGAACAACUUGCUGAACUGAGAAUCAAAUAA